UUUGUGUGGCGGCCGCGGGAACGCGAGCUGGGUGGUUUUUCAACAGGGAAAAGCCCAGCUUUGGGGCUUGGUGGAGAGUGAGCGAGUGUGUGCCUCCAGCAGCUGGCUUCUGGCGUGGGAGCCCGCAUGGAGGAAGAGCAGAGUGGGCAGCCUAGCGGCGAGGCCGUGGCGCUCUCGCAGCUGGAGGUGCCGCAGCCGGAGGGUGGGGAGGAUCCGCAGCACGCGCAUCGCGAGAAAAAGCAUCGAUGUAGGUUUGAUGGCCAAGAAACAAAAGGAUCUAAGUUCAUUACCUCCAAUGGAAGUGAUUUCAGUGACCCAGUUUACAAAGAGAUUGCUAUUACAAAUGGCUGUAUUAAUAGAAUGAGUAAGGAAGAACUCAGAGCUAAGCUUUCAGAAUUCAAGCUUGAAACCAGAGGUGUAAAGGAUGUACUAAAGAAGAGACUGAAAAACUAUUAUAAGAAGCAGAAGCUAAUGUUGAAAGAGAGCAGUUGUGCUGAUAGUUACUAUGACUACAUUUGUAUUAUUGACUUUGAAGCCACUUGUGAAGAGGGUAAUCCACCUGAGUUCAUACAUGAAAUAAUUGAGUUUCCUGUUGUUUUAUUGAAUACUCAUACCUUGCAAAUAGAAGAUACGUUUCAGCAAUAUGUAAGACCAGAGAUUAACACUCAGCUUUCUGAUUUCUGCAUCAGUCUUACCGGAAUUACUCAGGAUCAGGUUGACAGAGCUGAUACUUUCCCUCAGGUACUGAAAAAAGUAAUUGACUGGAUGAAAUUGAAGGAAUUAGGAACAAAGUAUAAAUAUUGCAUAUUAACAGAUGGUUCGUGGGAUAUGAGUAAGUUUUUGAACAUGCAGUGCCAACUGAGCCGGCUCAAAUAUCCUCAUUUUGCUAAAAAGUGGAUCAAUAUUCGAAAGUCGUAUGGAAACUUUUACAAGGUUCCUAGAAGCCAAACCAAACUGGCAAUAAUGCUUGAAAAAUUAGGAAUGGAUUAUGAUGGACGACCUCAUAGUGGUCUUGAUGACUCUAAGAACAUAGCACGAAUAGCAGUGCGAAUGCUUCAAGAUGGAUGUGAACUCCGAAUCAAUGAGAAAAUGCAUUCAGGACAACUAAUGAGUGUGUCCUCCUCCUUACCAAUAGAGGGCACUCCAGCUCCACAAAUGCCACAUUUUAGAAAGUAAUAGCAUUUUGUCUUGGGAUCAUUCUAACUGGAGUUGCUACAAAAGAGGUAGCAGAUGGAUGCUCAUUGACUGCAGUGCAAACUUCAAGCACCUUAAACAUGAAAAAUCUUUGUUACAAUUAUAUGUAUAUAUAUUAUGUAUGUGAACAGAUUUUGUGGGAGGGCAUAUUGAAUUCUUUCUCACCAGCACUUUUGAUAUGAGCAGUAUUUGUUACACAGUAAUGUCCUGCUUAUAACUAAAUUUUUUAAAUUGUCCAAGA